UACACGAUUCCCAAUCGAAGAUUACCCCCCACCUACCUACCACGCGGCGCGAAAUACUUAUUCUACUUAUUUACCUAUCUACCUACCUACUUACCCUACUCUAACUUCGACACCCUUUCGCACUUGAGAACUCGAUAAUUUGAGAACAAGCGGAAAAUAAUCAUCAUGCGCACACACUCUUCCCUCCUUACCCUACGACUGGGAUUAGGAUUGGGAUUGGGAUUUUUGACUUUGAUACAACCUACAUUUGGACAUGGGAAUGGGAAUGAAGAAUUGGUGGGGAGUGGGAGUGGAGAUUUAGAUGAGGAGAGGUUACCGUUGCCGAGUUAUCAUUUUGGGGCGGGGAUUAUGGUCGAAUGUAUGGAGAGGGAUGUGUAAGUUUUCCUUUCUUUCCUUUACUUUUUUGGGGAUGGGGAGGGAUAGGAUGAGGAUUUGUGGGGGAGGGAAAAAAGGGGAGGAAAAGAAGGGGGUAUUAGGGGAAGACGAAAAGAGGGGAGGGAGGAUGGCAGUUCGAUGGUCUUCGGCACACACACGCGCAUACAUACAUAAACAUUCGCGCGCGCAAAUCGCAGAAUACUAUAAUAUUGGUUGAGGGGGUCUGGGUUCAUGGAAGGAGAAGAGGGACAAUAAUACCUGAACGCCAGAAGGAUAUUGGAAAGGCAGAGAGUGGAUAAGGGAAGACAAUUGAAAAAACAGUCGAGCGCAGCGAGCUUGGGGGUUUGGGGGCUCGCCCCCAUUAAAAAGAUUAAAGAAAUUGGGAAUUGGAAAGAGAAGCUAUGAGGGGAAUGGGGAAGAUUAGGCUGGACGACGUUGCGAAUACGAAUUGUGUGUGUCGGAGACUAUGGAUGAUAAUGGGAGAUACUUGGGAAAAGAGUUACCAUGAUCGUGAAGUUUUCAAUAAAUGGACGAAAUUGGAUAGAGAGAGCUGGAAAAGGAUUCAUUGCGGAAAUUCGGAAAAAGGGGACAAGACGGAUAAAGCGCAAAUGAAAAUUUAUGAAUAAAAGCUAACUUUUUAUCAGUAAUACAGGAGAACAUGUUCAACUCGAUGAUAAUUCUUUAAAAUACAUACCAUUUCCGAAAUGUAAUGAAACAGGAAAACCAUUGGAAUUGAAAUAUGGAGUUGAAGAAGGUUUGUUUUUCCUUCUAUUGUCUAUUGUCGAUGUAUCAAAAGAGGACAAUCUACUAACUCUUUUCACCAAACACAGAACUCAACUGUACAAUUCCAUUAAUAACAGAUCCAUUUUUUCACCUCUUAGAGUUUUACAUCCACUCCGAUGCCCCUCUAUCCUGUCGUCUUCCAUCCCGUCCAGCUCCAACAGUUCAUCACAUAAACAGCUACCCAAAUUACAAACAAGAAUAUAUUCCAUUAACUUUCGCCCUUUCGGGGACCCUCCAACUAUCUCAUCUACAUAUCUCAACCCAUUUAAACGUCCUCCUUCACAGUGUACCGAAACACCAUUUACAAAAACACGAUUCAGGAGUUAUUGAUAGUGGAGUCGCUUAUAGUACUAGUCCUUUAAGUCAUAUUACUGGACCAGCAGCUUUGACGAAGAAAUUGAUUAUUGGUGAUGAGUUACCAUUAAGGUUAAGUGUGAGAUGGUUCCCUACUCCAUUGUUACCCAGGGAAAAUGGAAAAGUAGAAUGGAAUGGAUUAGGUGGUCAUGUAGGUUGGGUUACGAUCGGGUAUAUAAUUUUAGCUUUUGGAGCUGGAGCAACGGUAAUGGGGGCUUAUAUGGUAGGGUGGGAAGUUCCACGCAGGAUGAAGGGGUGGAGUGGGAGAUUAGCGAGAGCGGGGGGUUUGAGUGGUGGGGUGGGAAAGAGUCUGGGUGGGGCUACGCCGUUGGGUUAUGGGAUUAAGGGGAAUGGGAAUGGGAAUGCUUAUGUGAAUGGAGGGACUGUGGGGAAUGGAUGGGGAUUUGUUGGGGGUGGUACAGUGGGAAGGGAUGGGAAGAGGGAUUAGAUGGGAAUUGGGGGUUGGUGGUUGGUUGGUGGUUAUAGGAUGGAUUUCAUGAUGGGUGGUUAGAUGUGUUUUUUCAGGGAUUGUGGAUUAUGUUGAUGAUGACGAUGAUAUUUGGGAUGAUGGAUGAAUAGAUAGAAAAUUACUUCGCUGAAGAAGAGAGGAGUUUAUGAGUGAUAUGUUUUUUUCUUAUAUCGGAUUCUCCUGUAUUAGUAUUAUAAAAUCUACUUAUUCCACAUUAAACGAAAC